AUGUCUCAUUUCAAGAUUCUCAUUUGUCUCGUUUCGAUUUUCAGCUAUGAUUUUGUAUUCGCUUGCAGUUCUUCGGAUUACGGUAAGCAAAAAGGGCUUCUCAAGUUCGAGUUUGCAGUUUGGAGUGAAAAUGAAAAAAUCAGAACAAUUAAAAAAUCGAAAAAUUUCAGAUCAAGUAGUAACAAUAAAAGGAAUGAAUCUACCAUUUCCAUUUGUUUAUACAACUUCUUCAAUCGAUGGAAUAUCAGCUGCCACGUCAUCAAGUGAAGCACUCAAAAAUAUUCAGGAAUUCGGCCAAAAUGUUAUAAAUAGCUUGCUGAGAGUUACCCUAACUGAACUCGGAUACACUUCUUAUCUUAUUGAUUCGAUUCUUUCCAGUCUUGAUGUCACGGUUUGUUUUUUUUUCUAGAAAUUCAAGAAUUAAUCCGAAAAUUUUUUCAAUUUUCUAGGUGUCCUCUGAUUACCAACCACUUUCAUGUGCCAAUUUCAUCGCCUUAUUCGAAGCUUCUGCAACAACUGCGGCGCCAGUCGUAAAUACAAAUCGAAAAGGAACAUGGUGUCUUUAUACAACAGAUAAUGUGGUCACCAAAAUUUGUCCAAAUCAAGUGAGCAAUAUUUUGUUUUUGAAAAAAAAACAAUUGGGCUUUUAUAAAUAACUUUUCCAGGGAAAUACAAGUUCAACUUGCGUUGCUGAAACAAUUUCACUUCCUUCAAAUGUCACAACUAUUAAUUUUGAUUUCAUUGUAAGUUAUAAUAACUCUAAAAAUCUCUAAUUGUUUAUAUUUUCAGCCUGGCUUCCUUGCUGCUCAACCCACCAAAUUCUGGAAAACCUUGAAGAGCUCUUUGGAAACUCAAUUGAAAACUGGACCUUAUUCAUCAGCUUUUCAAUCGGCCACAGUUGAUUUCAAAAAAUCAUCGACUUAA